UUCUCGGAAAAACAAAGGAAAAAGCCGGUCAUACAGAGUUGGUGGCAAUGGUACAAUCCGAACUUUUGCUUUGCCGUCAUCAAUCCGACAUUUUUCAUCGUUUUGUUGUUCAAAUCUUACAGCUUCGUCUCGGGAGAGCAAUAAAACAGACAUCUUGUUUCGUCUUUCCUCUUUUCUUUCCCUGCCCGCGACGUCGAUCCUGUUCAAGAUUGCCGUCCCCUGCUCCGAGCUUGUUCCUGAAAUGGUUUCUCGGUCUUGAAUGGAAAGCACCCACAGGGAGAGAGAGAGAGAGAGAGAGAGAGAGAAGAGAGAGCUUGAUUUUCAUCUGGGUACAGAUGCGUGGAGGCGACGAGGAAGAAAGAAUGUAAACGGAGAGGGCCUUUUCUCUCUCUCGGUGUAUUGACGAGAGAAAUGAGCAAAGAAAAUGUUGGCAUUGUCAAGGCCUGGGAAUUAACGGUACGCAAAUCGCAAACUGCUGCCGCUACCAAAAGAAGGGCAAACAGCAUUUUUGCCGUGAUGUCGGUGGCGCACGUCGACGAGGAGGAGGAGGAGGAGGAGGAGGACGGCUGCAAUGCCAGCCCCGGCGAGGUCUACCAUGCCGAGAAGCUCCUCUCCAACGGCGACUUCUACACUGGCCAGUGGGCUGAUAACCUCCCCCACGUUCACGGGAAGUACCUAUGGACUGAUGGGUGUAUGUAUGUUGGUGAGUGGCACAAAGGCAAGACCAACGGGAAAGGGAAAUUUUGCUGGCCUAGUGGAGCCACUUAUGAGGGUGAAUUCAAGAACGGGUAUAUGGAGGGUAAAGGGACUUACACAGGUGCCUCAGGGGAUACUUAUAGAGGUUAUUGGACCACGAACUUGAAACAUGGACAGGGGACUAAGAGUUAUGCCAAUGGGGAUUAUUACGAAGGCGAAUGGCAACGCGGGUUGCAGGAUGGUCAUGGGAGGUACCGAUGGAUGAAUGGUAACCACUAUGUUGGACAAUGGAAAAAUGGGGUGAUCAAUGGAAAUGGCACGAUGCUUUGGACUAACGGAAACCGAUAUGAUGGGUUAUGGGAAGACGGUUUGCCUAAAGGAAAUGGGACUCUUAGAUGGGCAGAUGGGAGUUCCUACGUGGGUGUCUGGAGCACAGACCCGAAGGAGCAGAGUGGAACAUUCUAUCGAUCCGGCUCAAUGGCGGGUAAUGUCGAUUUCGACCCACAAAAGGUUUUUGCAGUGGAUUUAAACGACUGUAGAGUAUCAACUGGUGAAAAGGUGCUGGUUUUGCCUUCACAGAAGAUGCUAAGCUGUCCUCCUGUUGUUGAGGGGGUUUUCAAGCCCUCAAAGGUCUGUGAUUAUAGCUGGGAUUCUCAUGGUGAUAGAAACGGAGACGCGACACCUAGGAAUAUGGUCGAAGGGCUAGGAAGUAUUCAGCUUGAUGAUUUGGAUAUGAGAACAGCACGCACAAGGCAACGGGCUUCAAGAAUACAGCCAGUCAAGAGACAAGGGGAGACAAUAACGAAGGGGCACAAGAACUAUGAGCUAAUGCUCAAUCUGCAACUAGGAAUCAGGCACUCUGUUGGGCGGCCCGCUCCAGCAACCUCUUUGGAUCUGAAGGCUUCAGCUUUUGAUCCUAAAGAGAAGGUGUGGACAAGAUUUCCCCCUGAAGGAUCUAAGCAUACUCCUCCUCACCAAUCUUGUGAAUUCAAGUGGAAGGAUUACUGCCCAGUGGUUUUCAGGACUCUCAGAAAGUUGUUCAAGGUGGACGCAGCAGAUUACAUGAUUUCUAUAUGUGGAAAUGACGCUCUUCGUGAACUUUCAUCCCCAGGAAAAAGUGGAAGUUUCUUUUACUUAACCAAUGAUGACCGCUAUAUGAUUAAGACAGUGAAGAAAGCAGAAGGGAAGAUGCUCUUGAGGAUGCUACCUGCUUACUAUAAUCACUUUAGGGCAUACGAGAAUACUCUAGUUACCAAAUUUUUUGGCCUACAUUGUGUCAAAUUGACAGGGGCUACCCAAAAGAAGGUAAGAUUUGUCAUCAUGGGAAAUCUGUUCUGUUCGGAGAACACUAUACACAGGCGCUUCGACUUAAAAGGUUCUUCACAUGGUCGUAUCACUGAGAAACCAGCGGCAGACAUUGAUGCAACCACCACCCUAAAAGACCUGGACCUCAACUUUAUUUUUAGAUUGCAGAAGUUUUGGUUCCAAGAGCUUUGCAGACAAGUGGACAGGGAUUGUGACUUCCUUGAACAGGAGAGGAUAAUGGACUAUAGUCUUCUGAUUGGUCUUCACUUCCGGGAUAUAUCUUAUAGCAAAGACUUGCUUGUGGGGGGAGCUCGUCCUUCCAGGGCUCAAACUCCUAGAGGGACUGGGGACACUGACAGUGGCAUGGGACGAUUUUCAAAUGUAGAGGUGGACAGAAAUCUCUUGGAUCCUACCAGGUGGGCUUCCAUUAAAUUGGGAGUAAACAUGCCUGCUCGGGCCGAAUUAACAGUGAGGAGGACUGAUUGUGAAUCUCAGCUGAUUGGAGUUCCGACAGGAGAACUGUAUGAUGUUAUCGUCUACUUCGGCAUAAUAGACAUAUUGCAAGAUUAUGAUAUCACCAAGAAGAUUGAGCACGCGUACAAAUCGUUCCAAUAUGAUCCGACUUCGAUAUCGGCCGUUGAUCCAAAGCAGUACUCUAGACGCUUCCGGGAUUUCAUAUUCAGAAUUUUUGUCGAAGAUACCUGAAGGUUCAGAUUGACAAGUGUUUUCAUCAAUCACACACGGUGUACAUCCAUGUACAGCCCAUUUUUGUUCGGGAAGGUGAUUCUCAUCUGCAUCAUCAGAUCACGGCCCCCAGUUGUUUGAGCUGGAAUUGCGAGCAAGACAUUCUGACUCUGUGGGAACAUGUGUCUCGUAAUCAGCUUGCGAUUUUUUAGCAGCGGCUCAUUAAGUAAACAGUUCCAUAGGCACAGGAUUCAUGUUGAAGCAAAAAUGUUGACUGGUGCCAUGAAGAGAAGUUGCCCCCCAAGCCUAUUUCAAAUGUAAAUGCACUAACCAACAGGCAAUUGAUUAUGGGAAGUUCGCCAUGUUUUUUGUACCGAAAAAUUUCCCAGGAGAUGAGGGGGUCUCGAAAUUCAGGAUGAGUUAUGAUGUACAAUAGACUAAUGAGAAGGAAAGUACUACAAAUGGUACUCAGAUUCGUGCUGAAUGAUCUUAGGCUCGCUUCGGUGUUAUUUAUUGUAGACUUGGACUGAGGAAAAAAAAAUUACUGACAGCCAAUGUUGAAGCUUCUAAGUCUGCUUUUGAGCUCCAAAUUGUCGUAUAUACCAGUUUUGGGGAGAACAUCAAGUAGCUGGAAGGUGCUGUUUUUGUGCAUUCAGGUGCUAAAUCUGAUCUUCUAUGACCCAAACAAGGAUAUGUAGCAGAACUGGAGAAACCCAAAAUAAUAUUUAUAUGGACUCAGAGUCUCCAUUCCUUUUCUUUGUUUUUACUCUUAUUUUCUACCUGCUAUUGUUUGGAAGCAUGAAUGAGAGGUAACGCAUUGGUAAAAAAUCAAGCUUCAAGAUCUGAUGGAGGAAAACACGUGCAGAAUAUAGCUGGGCGAGUUUAAUGUGAGGAGCUGUAAGAAGUCACGUGAUCUUACCUAAAGUUUGCAAAUUCUUCCAACUUCCACAAAGGGUCUUCGUAUAAUCUUCCGUGGACAAAUAGAUUGAUGAACUGUUUAGUACUUCUUCCUUGUUUGUUAUCCGAUUUCGCAACGGAAUCAAAAGCAGGUUACUUGACUUUUAUUCUUUUCUGGUUCCAAUUCUUUCUUGGAGCAGCUGCGAUUCUCUUCCAUUGAGAAAGACUCCAUGCACCGGACUAUUUUGCCUAGGUUCUUGCCUAA